GAACUUAGUAAUGACCUAGUUGAAUUAUUUUUGCAGGGUUUGGUUGAAGCCGUCUGGAAUAUUUCUGUUACAGUUCAUAAGGUCCAUCUAUGUUUUAGUCAUUUUCAACAUAUUCUUGUCAAUAAUGAGCUUAUCCAAGAAAGUAUCCCAAACAGACGCUAAAUUGAGCGCCCCAAACAAAGCAACCUCUUUGAAUCCAAAUGCAGCAGAGUUUGUUCCAUACUCCCUGAGAUCAUCUCCAUCUGGAAGCACUAGCUCAGUGGAUGCAACAGCGAAGUUUACUAGUACCGCUGGAUCUCUUGGUAAAACAGUUCUAGAUCGAUCAGAAUCAUCCAUUUCGAACAAUUCUGAUGAUGAGGCUCACCAGUACUGGCGUUGUCAGCUGCCUGAUGAUAUCACUCCUGACUUCAAGGUCAUGGGAGAAGAUGAAUCCCAAGGUGUUAACAACCUCUCUUUAGCAGGCUUAUCUAUAAAUAAUCAUAAUGAAUCCUCAAUAUUUCCUUCAUCUAAGGAAAGUAGAUAUAUGUUAAAUGAGCUGCAGGAAUUGUCUCAAGAACACCUUAAUGGCAAUAUUUUUGCUGAUAAAUUAAGGUUUUCCAAUUCAACCUACAGGGAGGAACCAUCUUCACCAAGCCUUUUGAACUCUUCAGCAAAGCCUUGGGAUAGGCAAAUUGGGAAGACGGAUUUGCAUGUUAGCAAUGGUCAAGAGGCACUUGUUUAUGAUGACAACUCUGGAAAUAGAUUCUUAAAUGAUGGUUUUGCUGGGAAUUCUCUUUUGAAUGAUACUGAUUUGAACCCUUUGGAGUUUUUAGCUUCUCUUUUUCCUGGGUUUGCUUCAGAAAGCCUUGCUGAAGUUUUCUUUGCCAAUGGAUGUGAUUUACAUCUGACCAUUGAGAUGCUCACUCAGUUAGAGAUUCAAGUUGAUGGAAGUAGCUUCAAUCAGAAUUUGAGUCCAAAGACUGUGUCAGCUCCCAAUCUGAGUGCAAUGGAAUUUCCAGCUCUUACUUCAUCAAAUGGCCAGAGUACUGCAAAAUAUGCUGCAGAUAGUGUUCAAAGUGGCAAUCCUUACUUAUCAUCUGAUAAAGACAUGCUAAUGUUCAAAUUUAGCUCUUCUACUCCAUCUAGAGGAUCUGUUGACUUUGCUUCAGCUGUCAGGAAAUUGGCUUCUCAGGAUUCUGGUAUAUGGAAGUAUGAUAAAAAUGGUUCUGGUGAUGCUUCCACGGGCUCUAGUAGAAGUUUAAAUGUUCUCGCUAGUGCCUACAAUGGUGGACAAGGGAGAGCCAACUUUAGUGAUAGAUUACAGAACAGCGGUUCUGCUCGGGCAGCUCCAGUUUGGCUUGAAACUGGUGACGCAGUUGCAAAUAUGUAUUCUGAACUGCGGGAGGAGGCUCGUGAUCAUGCACGCUUGCGUAAUGCUUAUUUUGAGCAGGCACGACAAGCCUACCUUGUUGGCAACAAAGCCCUUGCAAAGGAGCUAAGUGUUAAAGGGCAACUUCACAACAUGCAUAUGAAAGCUGCACAUGGAAAAGCUCAAGAAUCUAUUUACCGUCAGAGGAACCCUGUUGGUCCAGAGAUGCAAGGUAAUGGGAGGGGGCACCAGAGAAUGAUAGACCUGCAUGGUCUGCAUGUAAGUGAGGCUAUUCACGUGCUGAAACAUGAACUGAGUGUGCUUAGAAGCACGGCCAGAGCCGCUGAGCAGCGUCUACAGGUUUACAUCUGUGUUGGCACCGGCCACCACACCCGGGGCUCGCGCACUCCGGCUAGACUUCCGAUAGCUGUACAGCGAUAUCUACUUGAAGAAGAAGGCCUUGAUUUCACCGAACCACAGCCAGGUCUGAUUCGGGUGAUGAUAUACUGAACCAGGGAGGUAUACAAGUUUCUGACACAGUAAAAAUCCAUCAUGAACACAUAGACAUUGUUGUAGUCAUUCUUGUAUCUGUAUAUGGGAGGAAGUAAGCCAAAAAAAGGAAAAGCAAAAAGGGUUGAAAAAAGGGAGAAAAAGGUUAGAGAAGUAAAGAGAUGGGUUGUAGAAGAAUUGUAGCAUUGAAGGUUUGUGUGAGGCAUCUCAUCACAUUAGUCAGUCAGCAGCAGCAGGGACUAUUUCAGCAUUACCUUUUGUUAAUUUUGUACCCUAAUUUUCAUUUCUUUGUUAAAUUUCUUUUUCAUUCAGAUAUAACGGAUAGAACUCAAUUACAUGAUAGAAUCACUCUGCCAAUUAGAUUCAAUGCCAAUUUAUUUACAGCUCAAACUUCAA